AUGCUUCUAUUCACGUCGUUAAUUAUAUUAUUCGGAUUUGUCCGAGCCGAUGAACCAUUACGUCCACAAUAUCAUUUGAUGCCUGUUAAAAAUUGGCUCAAUGAUCCAAACGGACCUGUUUACUUCAAUGGCUACUAUCACAUGUUCUUUCAAUAUAAUCCAAAUGCUGCUGUAUGGGGAGAUAUGCAUUGGGCUCAUAGUUACAGUAAAGAUAUGGUACAUUGGAUUCUUUUGCCAAUUGCUUUGGCUCCUGAUCAACCCUACGAUACAAAUGGAAUAUUUACAGGCAGUAUAACAAUUGUUGAUGGAAUUCCAACUAUUAUCUAUACAGGUAUAACACAUGACAAUCAACAAGUACAAUGUCAAGCACAACCUGCUAAUAUAUCGGAUCCAACGUUAACAACUUGGAUAAAAUCUCCAUUAAAUCCUUUAAUUACAUAUCCGAAUGGGCGUGAUCCAUCAACAGCUUUUCAAGAUAAUGAAAAAAAUUAUUAUUUAAUAUAUGGUUAUGGUACAAAUGAAUUAGGUGGUCAAGCUGUAUUAUUUACUUCGAAAGAUUUUUCAAAUUGGACUUAUUUACAUCCGAUACAUAGUAAUCAAUAUGAUAAAUUUUGGGAAUGUCCAGAUAUAUUCAAUAUUACAAAUCGUGUUGUCUUAAAAGCAUCUUUACUUGGAUGCGAUUUUUGGACUAUAGGAGAUCUUGAUCCAAAUCAAUUAACUUUUAUGCCUAUCAAUCACGAUCUUGGUGAAUUUGUGCAAUUGAUUGAUCAUGGAAAAUUUUAUGCAUCGAAAACAUUCUAUGAUCCAAUAAAUGAUCAGCAAAUAAUUAUGGGUUGGGCAACAGAAGAUGAUAAUCUUGGUCCGCAACGUGGUUGGCAAGGGUUUCAUACACUACCGCGAGCAAUAUUUUUGUCUGAAGAUGGCCUUGAAUUACGUUCACGACCGAUUGAAGCAUUGAGAACUUUACGUGAUUCUCAAAGUCAUCGACAUUUUAAUGAUAUAAUUUUGCCUAAAGAACUUCCGUUUCAACUCAUACCUGAUGUAAAUGGAAAUCAAAUUGAAAUUGAAAUAAAUUGGCAAUUUCCUAUGAAUCAAAAUUUAGAUUUUGGACUCAUUGUUUUAUCAACACCUAAUGGCACACAACGAACAAAUGUUGGUAUCACUUCAAGAAAUAAUACAGCUGUUAUGAUGAAUUGGGAUCUACAAGGAUGGGAUUAUUUAAGUGUACCAAAUAUUUCAGAAUGGUCUGAUUGUCAACUAUCAUGUAAUCGAGAUAAUCGAUGUCAAGCAUGGACAUUUGUUAAAGAUCAACCAAUAAAUAAGAAUUGUUUUUUGAAAUCUGGCGUGCCAUUUUUAACCUCAAAGUUAGAUUGUGUGUCAGGUGUAAAACAAAGAGAAAAUAAUGAACAAAUCAUAUGGGUUUAUAUGAAUAGAACAUUAUCACAAAAGAAUCCGGGAGCUGCACAUGGACCCAUUCAUGCGCCUGUGUGGUUGGAAGCCACAUCGACGAACAAUCAAUGGUUUCUUCAGUUAGACAUUUUUGUUGAUCAUUCAGUUAUUGAAAUAUUUGAACCACAGCAAGGUCGAUUUGCAAUAACGGGACGUGUUUAUCCCGAAGAAGAUAAUGCAAAUAAUUUAGCCGUUUAUGUAAACAAUGCUUCAAGUAAUGAUGAAAAUAUUAUUGUUAAUACAAUCGAUAUUUGGAAUUUGAAUACAAUAUGGACAUAG